GAAAUGUGACAACUGCCGGGGCUGGCGGCUGCCGCGGGGAGGCCUCCGCACCUGUGCCUGCCUCUCCGCCGCUCGGCGCAGUUGUGGGAUCCGCCGAGCACCGCCGCAUCCUCCCUCCAGACCGCCGCGGCGUCCCUGGAGCCCAGCAUGACUUCUUCGUUCAAGCUGGAUUUCCUUCCGGAGAUGAUGGUCGACGGCCGCUUGCUGGUCUCUGACAGAAUUAACGGCACAGCUAACAAGAUGAAUGGAGCUUUGGAUCAUUCAGACCAACCAGACCCAGAUGCCAUUAAGAUGUUUGUUGGACAGAUUCCCCGUUCAUGGUCAGAAAAAGAGUUAAAAGAACUUUUUGAGCCUUAUGGAGCUGUCUACCAGAUUAAUGUUCUCCGAGACAGAAGCCAGAACCCUCCCCAAAGUAAAGGUUGUUGUUUCGUAACAUUUUAUACAAGAAAAGCUGCUCUUGAGGCACAGAAUGCACUGCACAAUAUUAAAACUUUACCUGGGAUGCAUCAUCCUAUUCAGAUGAAACCUGCAGAUAGUGAAAAGUCAAAUGCUGUGGAAGACAGAAAAUUGUUCAUAGGAAUGGUUUCGAAGAAGUGUAAUGAGAAUGAUAUCAGGGUGAUGUUUUCUCCAUUCGGCCAGAUAGAAGAAUGCCGAAUCCUUCGGGGACCGGAUGGGCUGAGCAGAGGCUGUGCGUUUGUCACAUUUUCUACAAGGGCAAUGGCACAGAAUGCAAUCAAAGCCAUGCACCAGUCUCAGACCAUGGAGGGCUGCUCUUCGCCAAUCGUGGUGAAGUUUGCCGAUACCCAAAAGGACAAGGAGCAGCGGCGUUUGCAGCAGCAGUUGGCACAGCAGAUGCAACAGCUCAAUACUGCCACUUGGGGAAACCUCACAGGUCUUGGAGGACUCACACCACAAUACCUAGCUCUUCUGCAGCAAGCAACUUCCUCCAGUAACUUGGGUGCCUUCAGCGGCAUUCAGCAAAUGGCCGGUAUGAACGCUUUACAACUACAGAAUUUGGCAACUUUAGCAGCCGCAGCAGCUGCCGCCCAAACCUCAGCUACCACCACCAAUGCAAAUCCUCUCUCCACAACGACUGGUGCUCUGGGAGCCCUCACAAGUCCCGUGGCUGCAUCAACUGCUAAUUCCACAGCUGGUGCGGCCAUGAAUUCUUUGACUUCUCUGGGUACUCUCCAAGGAUUAGCUGGAGCCACUGUUGGACUGAAUAAUAUUAAUGCACUAGCAGGUACCGUAAACAUUGCUCAAAUGCUCUCAGGUAUGGCUGCCCUGAACGGAGGACUCGGCGCAACAGGCUUGACGAACGGUACAGCUGGCACAAUGGAUGCGCUCACCCAGGCCUACUCAGGAAUCCAGCAGUAUGCUGCCGCCGCGCUGCCCACCUUAUACAGCCAGAGCCUGCUGCAGCAGCAAAGCGCUGCGGGCAGCCAGAAGGAAGGUCCAGAAGGGGCAAACCUCUUUAUUUACCACCUCCCCCAAGAGUUUGGAGACCAGGACAUUCUACAGAUGUUCAUGCCUUUUGGAAAUGUUAUCUCUGCUAAAGUCUUCAUUGACAAACAGACCAAUCUGAGCAAGUGCUUUGGUUUUGUUAGCUAUGACAAUCCAGUCUCUGCACAAGCUGCUAUCCAGGCUAUGAACGGCUUUCAGAUUGGCAUGAAACGCUUGAAGGUUCAGCUGAAACGCUCCAAAAAUGACAGCAAACCUUACUGAUCUUAACCCCAGAUGCUUACUGCUCUUAUUUUAGCUUUCUUAGGGUAAGUCCCAUGAGCAAACCUGUCCUCUGCAGGGGGGUUAAGAAAGAACAUAGAGCCAACCUUCACCAAGAGACAGUUUUUACAGUUACCACUUCCAUUUCCCCACUUGUUCUUAUUACGUUUGGCUCCCAUUUCCUUGCCAAGUAAUUACCGAGUUGUGUUACUGUAUUUUAUUUUGCAGCAUAAUUUAUCUCCUUUUUAAAACAAAAAUAAAUGUCUUGAAAUUCAAAGCAACACACACACACACACACACACAAAAUGUGCAAUUUAACUCUGUGAACCCUGGUGCCAUUAGCACACAAUAAAAGUUGUUUUCUAUGGAUGGAUCGUAUUUUACCAGGGUGGCACCAGCAGUUUAUAGGUUAAACAAAAUGGCCUCAUGCCAGUUGAAGCACUUAUUUUGCAACAAAAAUUGAAACAAGUCUUUCCACUAUGUCAACUUGGUUUUUUGAGAAGAUUUGAUUAUGGGUUUUUUUCCGUUCAAGUCAGCGUAUCGUUCUAUCCGAGUCUGAUUUUACACUGGUCGUCUUUAUAUUUCACCUU